AUUCCCAACAAAUUACCCCUCAUUCAUGGGCCAAAAUACCUAAUUGAUGAAUAAAUAUCUUACUUGCUCCUUUCAAACCUGCAUUGGGAUUGGGAUGAAUUAGAUCUUUUGAUUUGUAGGUUUGGGCACAUAUUAUGCCCACAUUCUUAUAACUCAUUGUCCAACAACUUAAGCCUUAAACAUGGCCCAAAUCCUUAAACCCCCUAGUCCCUAGCCAUCCAAAAACCCUCGUUCCGAAACUCCGGUGAAAGAUCAAUUGUCAGCAACCCGCAAGGCACAAUCCAGUAAAUUCCAUUACCAUUUCCGACCAAAUGUUCAGGUUGUGGCGCGGACUGAAAACGGUGGUCCAAAGCUCUACCGCCUCGCCAGCAAACUGCUAUCAUUACCACACCAUCCAAGCCAUCCGUCGAGAAUGCACCGGAGGCCGUAUCUCGAGCCGUGAUAGGGCCCAAGGUAGAAUCCCCGCAGUGGUUUUCUCUCAAGGCUUGCUCGAGAAAAACCCAACCAACCGUUCCCCAUCCAGGAAAGAACUUUUGACUACCGAAAGAAAGCAGAUUCAAACCAUUAUCAAGUCCGUUCAACUCCCUUUCUUUUGUUCCACCACGUUCCAGCUUCAGAUCCGGGCCGGUUCUGGGUCUUCGGUCUUUCUUGAAUCCGGGAGAGUUUUACCCAUCAAGAUUCAUAGGGAUGACGAGAGUGGGAAUAUAUUGAAUUUGGUGUUUGUUUGGGCGGAUGAAGGUACUGAGUUGAAGGUUGAUGUGCCUGUUGUUCUCAAAGGAAUAGCGGAUUGCCCUGGUCUUAAGAAAGAGCAUACUUUGUCAUUGGCAAACGUUAUUUGGGGAUACUUUAAUGCCAUAACAGGUGGCUACUUCAACAGGAUAUGAACUAGUCCAUGAACGAGGUGGACGUGAGCAAAGUAGAUAUAGAUGAUAGAGUGUCCAUGAAUGAUAUUGAGUUUCAUCCUUCCUUGAAGCUUCUAAGCAAGAAUGAAAGCAUGCCUCUAUGUAAGAUUGUGUCAACAUAUGUUAAAACUCCAGAGCCCAUGAAAGUAUAGCUAAAGACGCAUAAGUCAAAAUCAGUGAUGCAUAACUCACGAGAUAAGAGGGUUUCAAGAACAAUUCUGAUAUUUCUUGAUUUGGUGCUUUGAGAUUUCACAAGAGAGGAGGCAUUUAAGAUUUAUGAGUGUAUUCAAACAGUGCUGGUAUUUUGUAGUCGUGAAUGGAAUCACUGGCAUGAUGUAUCGUUGCCUUUAGCUGUUUCAAAGUGACAUUAAGAGGAGGUGGUUCCUAUGAAAUGGUUAGUCUACUGAUUGUAGAAUAUGCAGAAUUCAAGUAGUUUUCUGCCACUGGUUACAUAAAUUAUAGAUUCAGACAACGAAAAUUUUGUUCACUACAUGAUGAUAACUUCGCUUCUAGGAAUUGAUUCUCAAAACCAACCAAAUAGGUGUUUAAUUUUAUUUAUGAUUGAUGAGAAUAAGAUUUUGUACAGCUUCGAUUUUCAUUCUAGAGUUUCCUCUAGUUAAAGAAUAUCCACUGGAUAUAAUUUCUUCUCACAACCCAUUCCCUCUUUUUUCUUGUGCCUGCGAGUAACCUGAAACGAUGAAAAUUUUAUUCUCGACAUAUUUGUUUAUGAUUAGUUGAAUUUGAUGAUAACUUAUCUCUAGCGAUGGAGGCUCAAAACGACCACUUUCAUUCAAGAUUUUCCAUAGCUUAGCUUCUAGUCCUUUCUUGCAUUAGCAUUCUAAAGACAUUUUCUCUGCCAACGAUGUCGGCAGUCCAUAGGUGUUUAGACCAAGAUUUUAUAUUGCUUCCAUCUUCGUUCUUAAAGACUUUCCUCUGCCAAAAAUGUGUCGGCAGCUCAACAUGUCUGGCUAGCUAGUUAUAGAAUAGCCACUGGAUAUAAUAAAUUCAAACAACCAAUUCUUUCCUUCUUUCUAUCUUGCAUGCCGGUAAACUCAACCCUUUCAAUUUUCGACUGGGGAGGUGGCGACCCGCUGAAGUUAGACCUGGUAUUAGAUCAAAAUUUUAGAGUCAAGUAUGACUAUUUCUUGCAACAUAGCAGUAGCAAUGUUUUUGGAAGAUGACACCCCCAACGGCCGGCCUCGUACCCAGAUUAAAAAUGGUCGUCGCUUUUUAGUAGACAAAAGGAGUUUUAAUGAUGUGAUUCAAAACCAGAAUCCUAAGCCUGAGUCAAUAAAAUAAAAAAAAAUAAUGGAAACGGUUUUCAAGUCUCCCAUUUUGGCUGAAACUGUUUCCCAGUUGUCCUUUCUUUUUUUAUUUUUUUUCACCUCGCAAUACGAGGGCUGCGUAAUGCAUAUGCAUCAUAGAGUCAAACUUGUAAGGAAGCUUUACAAAGGGUGAAGCGUUCCAAAGCCCCAAAGAGAAGCCCUGAGGCCCGUUCUUUUUCUUUUCUUUUCAUGUAAUUCCGUUGAAUAUUGGACCGUUAACCUGCGUAACGGCGCUCUGCCAAAUAGGAGUGUAAAUGAUACAUUAAUAUUCACAA